GCCAUAUUUUAAGCAGGGCCGAGGCGAGCUCCCAGAUGCAAACAUCCUCCUCUCCUCGCAGACAUCUUAUCCCCUCCCGAUCGAGGCCCCCGUUUCCUCCUCCUCCGGCCACCGCACCUAGCUGUCUUAACUUGCCGUUCGCAGCCUCACGCCCAUGGCUAGGAAGUGCUCUAGCUGUGGGAACAACGGCCACAACUCGAGGACCUGCAGCGGGCACGGCGCCGGGGGCGGGGGCGUGAGGCUGUUCGGGGUGCAGCUGCACGUGGGGUCCUCGCCCGUGGCCAUGAAGAAGUGCUUCAGCAUGGAGUGCCUGUCGUCGUCGGCGUCCGCCGCGCCGGCGUACUACGCGGCCGCUCUCGCCGCGACCAACAGCGCCUCGCCGUCGGCCUCCUCCUCCUCGUCGCUCGUCUCGGUGGAGGAGGCCCCCGAGAAGAUGGCCCACGGGUACCUCUCCGACGGGCUCAUGGGCAGGGCGGCGCAGGAGAGGAAGAAGGGCGUUCCAUGGACGGAGGACGAGCACAGGCGAUUCCUGGCGGGCCUGGAGAAGCUCGGGAAGGGCGACUGGCGAGGCAUCUCCCGGCACUUCGUGACGACGCGGACCCCGACGCAGGUGGCCAGCCACGCCCAGAAGUACUUCCUCCGGCAGAGCAGCCUGACGCACAAGAAGCGCAGGUCCAGCCUCUUCGACGUGGUGGAGAACGCCGAGAGGGCGGCGACGAGCUCCAUCAAGGGCAUGGAGCGCCUGCGGCUCAAGGACGCCAUCACGACCGCGACCGCGACUGGCUCCGCAGAACCCGGAACCGGGACGACGGCACAGCUCCCGCCGGCCCUGUCGCUCGGCGUCGGCAGGCCACCAGCGAGGCCCGACCACGCCGCGCUGCCUCCGAGCAGCCUGCUGUCCCUGCAGCUGCCGCGGUGCUCGGCGGGAAUUGGCCGCACGGCGCCGAGCCUGGCCCUGGCGCCGCCGAAACACAGCCACCCUUCUUCGUCGCUGACGGCGGCAAAGGCUGGUGGCCUGGCGCCGGACCUGGAGCUGAAGAUCUCGACCGCCCGGCAGAGCGAGCACCAGCAGCAGGUCCAGAUGGGGCCAUCGCUGCCGCCGCCGCCGCCGCCGCCGCAGAGGACGCCCUUUCUGGGGACCAUCAGGGUCACAUGACAUGACCGGCAAAGACGGCGGCGGUUAGUAGGGAAUAUCCUGCUGGUAGGAGAAGAGCUUUUGCCCAUCUGAAGCUGGAGAAGGUUGCUUCAAAAGAUAGGACGGGGUGGGAAAACUGGAAAGAAGGAAGCUUUUGGCAGCGUGUGCGUGUGUGUGUGUUGCUGGCACCUGGCAGUGGCAGCCGAGACGACGAUGGCGUCGUGUAUCAUGUGGGUGUUGUGUAUAUCAUAUCAUCAUCAUCCGAAAGAUGGAAACUUUACUGGC